AUCCUGUCCCAGUAAGAUGCGCGGCCGAAACUUCCACGGCCCAAGUACGCAGCUCCCCAAUUCCAUAUCCUCACCAAGCACAUGCUCUGCUUGCUCACACACACGUCCAAGUCCAACCACUCCAAGCUUGUAUAAAUGACCCUGCCGCCGGCUGCGCCCACCGGAAAGAGACCAAAUAUUUCGCGCUCUGCCAGUCUGCUGCCUAUCCAUUUCUUUCCCGGACACCACACACGCCCGCCGAGACGCGCAAAACGAUCGAACACCAGAGGAUGGCAUCCGUUCUCGCCUUCUCCCGGUGUUCGUCGCUGCUUCUCCUCCUGCUGGCGACGGCGUCACAGGCCCUCAACGUCGGCGACCUGCUCGGGACAGCGCCUUCGGGGAGCAAGGAUUGUAGCCGGACGUGCGAAUCAUCGUUCUGCAUAGUCCCGCCGCUGCUGAGGUACGGGAAGUACUGCGGGAUCCUGUACAGCGGCUGCCCCGGCGAGAAGCCCUGCGACGCCCUCGACGCCUGCUGCAUGGUCCACGACCACUGCGUCGCCACCCACAACAAUGACUACCUGAACACGCGGUGCAACGAGAACCUGCUGAGCUGCCUCGACAGGGUGAGCCCAGCGGGGCCGACGUUCCCGGGGAACGAGUGCGGCGUCGGCCAGACGGCGUCCGUCAUACGUGGGGUCAUCGAGUCGGCAGUGCUCGCGGGCAAGAUCCUUCACAAGCGCGACGACGGCCCGUAGCCGGCGUUCUUGGAAGGAGCGCGCGCGGUUGGUACUAGGAACACACGUUACACGUACGUAGUUGUUGCAAGCAGAGGAAUAAAAGCCGCACGCGCGCGCGUGGGCGCGCGGCGCCCGUCCGUGGCGAUGCGGCGAAGCAGCAUGUGCUGGAUUGGAAGGUCAUGGACGGCCGGACCACCGUGGCAUGUGACUGCCUUCAGUGUAUGCGCAUACUACAUAUAUACAUAUUGAUUAUUGGUAGUGUUUGAUUGCUGGAAUUCCGAGCGAAAUGGCAAAGAUUGUAAGUUGUAAUAAAGUUAUUGUACAUUCCUUUAGUAAUUACUGGUAGCAGUGGACAGAAUACAACAGCAUUCGGUCAUUUAUACAGUUCAAUUUCCGUGC